AUCUUUGGAUUUAACUCUGAAAACUCUUGUAUUGGUCCUGGCUCUUGAUGCUGUUGCCUGCUCCUGAUUUUUAGUUUUGUUACAGUACAUAUUUCUUGAUCAUCUCUAAUAGAAUCAAACAUUUUCUGCUUGAUAGCAUUUUUACUGUUGUCUUUAUAUGCUGUCAGUGGGCUGUGUUGAUUUCUGAUGUCUUGUCUCCGGGUGUUGUGUUAUUAUGUUUACCUGAUUGUUGACUAUGAAAACCUUCUUUGUCUUACAUCAGUUUUUGUUUAUAUUUUUAUUUUUUUUGAAGUUCAUUAUGAUGUUUUUUUUCUGUUGCAAAUACUCACAUGCCUUCUCAAUUUUUUCUUAUUUGCUGCUCAUUCACCAUGUUCUUGGAAAACAAACUUCUUUGUUCAUCGUUUUGUGCUUUUAAAAUCCAUAUUUUUAAGGUAUUGCUUUAUUUGGUGCAGGACAUGUUUUGCAGUUUCUUCAGCAUCAUUGGGGAUCCAUCUAAAGGAUUCUUUUGCUAUGCUCAGGGUUAUACAACACAUUUUUUCUGUGUUGCUUCUUUCCUAUGGACUACAACAAUUGCUUUUACUCUACACAGAACAGUUGUUAGACAUAAAACUGACGUGGAGGAUCUAGAGCCCAUGUUUCAUUUGUAUGUUUGGGGUACUUCAGUUGUCAUGACAGUUAUACGCUCUAUUGGCAAUGACCAUGGGCAUAUACGUCGUUUAGGCACAUGGUGUUGGGCACAAUCAGGACGUACAGGAAAGGCGGUUCACUUCAUAUCAUUUUAUGCACCGCUCUGGUGGGCAAUUCUUUUCAACGGCAUCACCUAUUUUCAAGUGAUACGCAUGCUAAACAAUGCCACGCGUAUGUUAGCGGGAAUGUCUGAACGAGUGUACCAAUCAGAUGCACGGCCAGAUGCAAAGGCAUUGAAUCGAUGGGGUUACUAUCCCCUUAUUCUUAUUGGAUCUUGGUUUUUUGGUACAAUCAACCGCAUCCAUGACCUAAUUGAACCAGGUCAUAAAAUCUUUUGGCUUUCAGUGCUUGAAGUUGGCAUGGCUGCUCUCAUGGGCCUCUUUAACUCAAUAGCAUAUGGCCUGAACUCUUCAGUGCGAAGGGCAAUUUAUGAAAGGUUGGAUCUGUUACCAGAAAGCUGCCGCAGAUGGUUUCCAAAGAGUUGGAAACCAAGAGGCCAACAGGAGGAGAGUGAACUAGUCUCAUUGAAAAUUCAAGAACAGCGAUAGAGUGCGUGUGAAGAAUUGUGUUUUCUGACCAAAAUUGACAGGAAAAUGAAGAGUGGAACACAUUCGAGUUCGAUAUUCUCCCGUGGUUUUGUUAUCUCUGCACAGGAGACUUCAAUCUUGCUUUGUUUGUAUGAAUUUCAGAUUGAGACAUUCCCUUUGAGCCUAGCCCACAGAAUUCCAAUGCAUUUCAGUUAAUGGACCUGAGAAAGUUAACUCUAGAGGGAGCUGUAGAACAUUAGUAGUGUUCAUAACAGCGGUGUAAAGUGUGUUAAGUUUUGGCUUUGGAUUGUGUCUGAUACGGCUGAGUAUUCUUUCAUUGUUUCAACUCGUGCUUUGUAUCUACUUUAUAUUACUUGUCCUGUAAAACAUUGCUCAAAACUUGCGCAAAAUGAUUUUACUUAGCUUUGUAAGAACCUUGUGAUCCACUGGCACUAACAAUUCUUAGAACACAUGAUUGGUGACAUAUGAUUCGGUCA